AUGAUCCAAGGCAUCUUCUAUGCGAGAUUCUUCCCCAAAGAAGGCCCUAAAAUUGUCGCUCAAUCCCCCCCGGGCUGCAUCACAUCAGUCGACUCUGCGACAUCCGGCGCCAACGCCAGCAGCAAUGCGAGGGCCCCUCUUGUCGACUUUGACGUCCUUCAUGAGUACAUCAUCCCUCGCCAGGCCUUCUGCAAUCGCUAUGUCACCAUCAAUUGCCCAGAGGGCAAGUACUCCAUCCUGGGGUACCCCGUUCUCAUCCCUCACACUAAGUAUAUGAGGAACGAAUUCAUCUUCAACUUCGGCCUGCUUGUCGAGGCAGAUGUCGACCAGGCUGCCUACGAACCCGUGGUUAGGAGGCUUGCUGCGACCUUUUCUGAAAUGGAAAAGCAGAACGAGUAUCUGAGCCAAAGCGAAGGAAGACUGGUCGAAUCAGAUGGCCGAGGCGGCUAUGAGUCAAGAAGGCCCAUCGAGAGUUUACUGGAAAUCGUCAAGGAAGACCUCAACAACUAUGGAGAGUGCAUGAUCCCCGUUGACGAGGCCAAUACCAUCAACAUGAAGCUGUUUCCGCCUCACCCCAACCCACCACCUGUUAAAGGCUGGCAUGUCCCGGUCUCUAAAACCAAAUUUUCCGAUAUCGUCGACCCGACCUGGGAUCUCACCCUUCAAAAAGUAAUUUCUCACAUCGACGGUGUAUCUGAUGUCCGUCGCAUCGCCCAUGCUGCUCACGUCUCCGUGGACCUGGCCAAAACAGCGCUCCGUCAUCUCCUCUACUACGACACCAUUCUGCUCCUCGACAUGUUCUUCUUCGGAGCCUGCUAUGCGCCCCGGCCCGGUAUCCAUGAUUUCGUGAAGAACAUCGACGGUAUGAUCGACGAAUGCGCCGAGUACGUCUCUCACGGUGGGCGCCGCCUUAGCAAUUUCCACUUCGUCAGGCUCAUGACCUCGUUCGUCCCUGGGCGCACCGUCAUCGAAUGGCUUUGGGCCCACCAAGAAGCCGGGCUCGAGGUGCUGCGCUACAUUGAUGUCCGCCGCUUCGUCCAGUUUGGCCUGAUCAAGGGCCUGCUCUACCGGGUGCAUAAAUACGUUGUCUCGAAACAAUACCUAGCUGCGCUGGUGUCUGGUCAGAGCCACCCCGUCGAAGGCGGCGAUCCUAUUCAGAAGUAUACGGAUGGCUGUCACCAUUUUGACCAGAUCAUCACUGAGCAGGACCUCACCGACGAUGAGAUCGUGGAGAAACUCAAGGCGUUGCGUGUCUCUCGGGGCGACUUGGCUAUAUUCUACCGGUAG